AUGCCUAACCAUUGUGUGAAUCGUCCAGGAAAGGCACUCUCGCGUGCUCGCCGAGGCAAGCAUCUCUCAAGUAAAAGAGCAUACAGGACAUCUCGUCUUUCUCGACUAGAAGCUAGUAAUAAAAACAGCUUAACACCAAAUACAAAGCUUAUAGCAGCAAAUGGUGUCAUCACGAAUAGGGUUUUGUCAAAGAAGCGUGCAAAGAAAAUUGCCAGAAACAUGAAAUACGCUAAGGCAAGGAAGGAGCAGUCGAAAAAGAUCAUUGAUGAUUUAAACAAAAAGAACGAUGAUUCGAUGGAUAUAGAUAGCGAGCAUAAAUCAAACCGAAGAGAGUUAAGGCAUCCAGACAAGGAGGAUCCAAUAAGGAAGGCAUUGUGGUUACUAAUUGAGAAAAACGGAAGCAUGUUUCCUGAUAGUGCGUCUACUGAAGGUACAACUCUAGGAGGACCCUCAUUUUGA